UUUUUCCUUUGGUACCUCUCUCCCCGCAAUGUCCGCCUGUCUAUAAAAGCUAGUGCGCUCUGCAAAAACUUUAGAUCAGCUCCGAAAGACCGAGUCAAUAUUAUUUCGCUGAUCGCAGACGGCUGGCGCACUGUUUAAACAUGAAGCUCCUGUGUCUUGCUGUGUUCGCCGGCGUAGCGUGCCUUGCCCUUGCCGCUGAAGACAAAAAAGACGAGAAGGCUGCCGGCAAGGACGAGAAGGUCGAAGGCCGAGGAGGUCUCUACGGAGGCUUUGGUGGCCCUGGGGCUUACGGUGGAGGCAUCGGACACGGAGUCGGAGGAAUCGGAGGCGUCCCCAUCGGAGGCGGUGGCUACGGUGGUGGCGUCGGCGGCUACGGCGGGGGCGUCGGCGGCUAUGGCGGUGGCGUCGGCGGCUACGGGGGUGGUCUUGGUGGCGGCUAUGGAGCCGGCUACGGGCAAAGUGCCGGAGGCUUCCAGGGUGGCUUCAAGCAAGGAGGCGCAGGAUACAACCAGGGCUCGGCAGGCUUCGCUGGAGGUGACUCGUUUAGGAACGUCCAGGGCUACAACAACCAGCAGGGGUACAGCUCCAACACAGGCUUCUCUAAGACCGACUCGAACCGCUACGGAACCGGUUUUGGCCAGCAUUCGGGUGGCUUUGCCGGCGGCUCCGCGGGUCACAAGGCUGGCUUCGGAAGCCAGCAUCACGGCCACGUUGGCGGAGUUGGCUAUUAGAAGAUCUGAAACAUCACAUCUAGUCCGCUUUUAAACAUCACCUACUAUCAUGCUCUACUCGUGCUCUUCCAUACUCCACCCCAAGACAAAAGAAAACCAUGAUGGCUGAGGAAGAAACUUCAGCUGAAGUUACCAAAAAUGAAAAUGCUACGCCACAGAACGUAAAAUGGUUAUUUUUAAAAAGGGAACGCAUUUUCGUAAUAAAAGUAUGCAUUUGUAUUAUA